UACGGGAUAAAAAAUAUUUUAUGUCUCUUUCCAGGUUAGACUAUAGGAGUACAAAAUUUCAUCAAAAUCCGUUAAGUAGUUUUUGUGUGAUUGAGUUACAAAUAUAAAAACUUUCACAUUAAAUUUAUAAUAUUAGUGGGUUUUGAAACGAAAGUUUAGAAAAUCGAAAUGUAGGAAAUGUUCUGAGGACGAGAAAAGUAGUAUUAUCGCAUCCGCCAAUCUAAAAUUGACUGAAAACAAUAUCUUAGGCAAAUAUACAAAAUCAAAAAGUGGUCACAGACUGCAAAUACAUAUAAAUUACAUAUAUAGAAAUCGCUGAAAUUUGUUCGUAUUCGUUAUUAUUAAAAUAAUGUUUGUAUGAAAUUUUUUUUGUGAAAUAAUUUAGAAACCACCAGAGAAUUUUUGAUAUACGCAUAGUGUUUUUUUGAUUUUUUUAUUUUCUACGGGACUAGUAUACAAUAAUAAAAAUAUCCUAUGAUAUUAAUUAUUUGGGUAAAAGAAUGGGAUACCAAAUAUUAGUUUUAUAUAUUAUAAUAGUACGGAACAUCGCACAUUUAAUAGUAGGUCCCUGCCAAAUGGUAGGUACUUUUCAACUGUAUGUGCACGUUAAAGCAUGUACGUUUUGUGACACAAAAAGAAUGACUCUAUUUGAAUAUUGCCAAGUAUAAAUAGCUGAGUAGUGAAUUUGUUAAUCACGUCAGUCACGAACAUGGUACAAGUAAAGGUGAACGAAGGACUCCUUGAAGGGGAGCGGGUGACCAGCGAUUUGGUCGGGACCUUCUAUAGCUUUAAAGGAAUUCCUUAUGCGGCUCCACCUAUUGGUGAUUUAAGGUUCAAAGCACCACAGCCGGUAAAACCAUGGUCAGGCGUACUGAGUGCAAAACAACACGGUCCACAAUGUCCCCAGUACAACAUUAUUUCAAAACAAUUAGAGAACGGUAGUGAGGACUGUUUAUAUCUUAACGUCUAUACACCUAACUUAGAACCAAAUAAACCUCUACCAGUUAUGAUUUGGAUUCACGGAGGAUACUUUUGUUCUGGCAACGGGAACGAUGACGUAUUUGGCCCUGAAUUCCUUAUAAGACAUGAUGUUAUCCUCGUCACUUUAAACUACAGGCUUGAGGUGCUCGGUUUCCUUUGUUUAGAAAAUGAGGACAUCCCUGGAAAUGCAGGAAUAAAAGACCAGGUGGCUGCCAUGAAGUGGGUCAAAAAUAACAUCUCCAGUUUCGGCGGGGAUCCGAAUAAUAUUACUAUAUUUGGUCAGAGCGCUGGUGCGGUGUGCGUCACGCUUCAUUGCGUGUCACCGAUGACAAAAGGACUUUUCAGGAGAGCUAUAGCUCAGAGCGGAACCUUGCAGAAUUGGUGGGGUCGUGAGUUCAGACCCCGCGAAAGGGCAUUUGCACUUGCAAAAAAAUUAGGCUGUACCUCAGAAGACGAAAAAGAAAUAUUUAAUUUUUUUAAGGAGCAGCCUUGGGAGAAACUUGUUGGUAUCCAAAUACCACUGACAUGGAAAGAAAAAGAUUUAACAUCUGAAGGAUUUAUAACGAUGUUUUCAAUAGUAAGUGAGAAAGUUUUACCAAAUGUAGAAACAUUUUUCACUGGUGAUAUAACAGAUGCAUUGAAAAAUAAUGUACACGAGGGAGUAGAAUUGAUAGUUGGUUUCAACGAAGAUGAUGGAGCUAUAACUUUUGCACUUAUUCACGAUAUCGAAAACACUAUCUCAUGGGCAAAUAAUAGUGAAGGCUAUUUCGUUCCAACAACCUUAGGACAAAAGUAUAGCAAAGAUGAAUUGAAAGAAAUUGGAUCUGAAAUGAAAAAAAUGUACACCCGAGGUGAAAUUGUCAGUAAAAAUAAUUUGAGCCCGGUAGCAAAUUACUACGGCGCAGACUUCUAUAAAUACGAAAUAUUGCAAUUUGCAAAGCAGUUUUCAGUUAAAAAUAAAGUGUACUUCUAUAUAUUUUCAUGCUUCUCUGAGAGAAAUGUGUUUGCAAAGCUAUUCGGAAUUUCAUCAUAUUUUACAAAGAAUGUAGUUAGUCACAAUGAUGAUAUUGCAUAUCUCUUUCCCAUCAGUAAUAUUAACCAAAAAAUACCGAAGACGUCAGUUAGUUACAAUCUCAUCUACAGGAUGACGAGUCUUUGGACCAAUUUUGCUAAGACUGGAAACCCUACACCAGACACAAAGCUUGGAUGCAAUUGGCGAACUUUUAACGCUAAAACGAAGUCCUAUUUGAAUAUAGGUAAUGAAUUGACAAGGGGAGUAGCACCGCUUCGUGAAGAAAUGGAGUUUUGGGAGAAGAUGUAUGAAAAGAGUGAUAAAUUAUUCACUACCAAAUCUUCCUGAUGAGUGCUAGGUGUUAAUAAAAUAAAUCAUCAUAGUGUUUUAAUAAACUCUACAUUCAAAAUGUGUAUAGGUCUUCUGAAUAAAAUUGACUCUAGAAAAAUAAGGACUACUUGUUAAAUAUUCUUAAUAGUUUUGUAUUCUGUGAUAGAAUUUGGGAAAAAAGUAUAUUCAAUGAGUCAACCUCAAAGUAAAGACAUUAUGCUGCCUCGGGCUUUUUUUUCAAAACUAUUGAUGAUGUACAAUUUUAUCAUACAUGAUUAUGGGCAGUCGUGUAAAUAAACAAUGUUCAACAAUUAGAUAACUGUUAUAUGAACGGGAUAAUUAUGUAUUGUGUUAUACUCAUACAUAACUCUUGCUUAUCUCGAAAUACGCAAGUUGGCAAGGUAAUCCCGUGAAUUUCACUGGCGACAGUGACAAAUGAGUGCGGAUGUGUUUAGUUCAUUCAUUGUGUACAGCUCUGUAGUUGUACCGAGCCGGUGUCCAUUUGAAUAAUCCUCAAUAUUCUCUAAAAUGGUGACGAAACGAGGCACAAUUGCGAACUUCAAGUAGAUUAAAAUGACUCGAUAAUCGAUUCGCCCUUAUUAAAAAAUGACUGGGAGAGUUCCAUUUCGUUAUUUAUUAUUUAUUUUAUCAAUUUUAAGCUAUUUAAAUAAGAACUUUAGUACAGGAGAAAAAGCAUUAAGAAAUCUUUGUUCAAUUUAUCAGCAUAUAAUAAAAAUUUUAAGAAAAAAGAUUACUUAAUGCUUUUUUGGAAUCGAUUAUGUUAAGCUCAACAUUGUUUAAGCGACAUUAUCAAAUAUGUAAUACUUAUCAUAAAAGAAUAGAAAGUUAUCAAAAACGCGCGAUGGUAUAUCAAGUGUCUCAUUAACCAGACUAAAUACUAGCAAUUGUUUGCUCAAAAAGAAAUUCCUUGGGUAAGCAGUUACAACUUUCAUAUAUAUUUUUAUUCGAUCUCAAGUCAGGAUAGUAGAUUGGCUUCGCUUGCAUUAUCAAAAUAGUCGCAUAUUCACGGUAUAUCAGGAGCGAAAUAAAUCAGCUUAAAUAUUUUUUUGUUAAAAUAAACCAGGGUAACAAGCCCAUGGUUCGCCUGUCGGAAAGCGGCCACCAAUGCCUAUGUAUUUCCUCGUAAUACAAAAGUAACAAUCGGUUUUUGCCUAUCCUGAUCUGCACCUAUUCCAUUCCCUACUUUCCCUCUUUCAACGAUUGAAACAUACCACCAAAGGGAGUGGAAAGGGGAGGGGGGGGGGGGGGUUAUCUAGUAUGUCUCUCUUAUUCUUUUGCUCUUUUAAUUUUAUGGUAAAAUGCAGUAAAUAUUCAGAAGAGUGAAGAGAAGAAUAAAACCAUAUUUAUUUCGUUUUGGUUCCGGUGAGCCAGAAUCCAUACUAAAUGUUACGAAUAUAGGUACGAGGUUUGUUCAAAAAGUAUUGCGAAUUUUGAAUUUUCGCGUUAUAUUGGUACUCAUGACCCUCACUUAUGUUGACAAUUUCGGCCAUUUUGAAUGUCCAGUCAGUUUUUGACAGCUAUUGUGCGUGGGCGUGUUUUAGCUUGUCUUCGAUUUUCGUCUAUUCCAAAAAAUGGAUCAAAGUAUUUGUAUCAAAUUUUGUGUGAAGAACAACUUAAAGUGCGCGGAUGCAUUCAGAAUGUUGACUGUUGCAUACGGCGAAGUUACUUUGGACAAAAGCAACGUUUAUCGGUGGUACAAAAUGUUCUCAGAGGGCCGAGAAGAUGUGAGCGACGAAGAGCGUUCCGGCCGGACGCCCGAGCACGUCAACAACAGACGAAAACAUUGAUGAAGUAAAGAAACUAGUAUUGGCCAAUCGUCGAAUCACCGCCAGAGAAGUUGCUGAGGACCUAAAUAUAUCGAUUGGCUCGUGCCAUUCGAUUAUUACGAAUAGUUUGGGCAUGAGACGGGUAGCCGCGAAAUUCGUACUAAAAUUGCUCAAUUUCGACUGCGAAUUUUUGGCCAAAAACAACACUCUAAUAAUGCCGCAGCCACCGUAUUCCCCAGAGCUGCCCCCCUGUGACUUUUUCUUGUUCCCGAAACUGAAGAGGCCCAUGAAAGGAUGACGCUACGCCACGAUUGAGGAGAUAAAGAUGGCAUCGAAGGAGGAGCUGAACAAGAUCACAAAAAAUGUUUUUUCAAAAUUCUUUGAGGAUUGGAAAAAACGUUAUCACAAGUGUAUAAUGUCUGAUAGGGAUUACGUUUAA